AUGCAUUUCAGAACGAAUAGCAAAGUUCGACCGCUGUCAAACGACCACCAUUGCACCAACGAUCCUAGUGAGUCUUGGAGAUUGAAAACAGGUGCAGAAUCACCCGAGGCAGUGUAUAUUCACCUCAAAGCUCACAACACCAUACGAAGUGUGCCCAAGUACGCGAUUGUCACCGUCCCCAAGUUCAUCCGAAAUUUACUUCACCUGGCCCUCCCCAGCUUUCUUAUAAAUCUCGUGAGCAAUAACCAACACUCUGAGCACACCAAGGUUCAGAGUCGGAAGAUCGCUUCCCUCGAUGGACUACGAGGCAUAGCGUGCCUCUUCGUGUUUCACGCGCAUUAUGCAUACUCCUUCAGUAACUGUCUCGAGGAGGCAGGCUCCGAUGUGCUCCAAACACGGAUAAUGUACCAGCCAUACAUAUCGUUGUUAUGGUCGGGCAUAUCGAUGGUCAACAUUUUCUUCUUCGUUUCAGGAUAUGUCUUGGUUGGCAAAUCACUCAGACAGAGCAGGUCCAAUGAUGUGACUGGAGCAUUUUCAACGAUAUCAUCGGCGGUCUUUCGUCGUGCACUUCGUCUCUACAUUCCAUCCAUGGCUAUAAUCAUGAUCACAGUUCUGAUGGUGCACUUUCAACUAUUCGCUGCGGGGAACACUUUCUACUGGCAGACGCAUUCGGGCAAUCGUGGUCCACAAGAAGCCCCUCCUCCUCGGCUCGGGUCUCUACUUGCCCAGAUUCUUGAUGGAUUAAAAGAUUGUUACCGUAUGAUGGACAACACAAUUCCCUGGGGGAGGUUCAAUAUUCCCUAUGAACUCGAUAAUAAUUCGAGGCCUGCUGGAAUCAUCUAUGACAGACACCUGUGGACAAUUCCGGUCGAAUUCAGAUGCAGUAUGUUGAUCUUUAUGGUAUUGAUCACAACAGCGAGGCUGAGAUCCCAUUGGAGGAUGUUGAUUCACGUCGCUUUUGCCGUCAAUUGCCUGUUCUCCGAGAGAUUCCCAGAGACUCUGUUCAUUUCAGGAAUGCUGUUUGCGGAGAUUGAUAUCAUCAGUGAGCAAUGGUCGGUGGAAUCGAGCCGAACAAUCUCAUCUGGACAACGAUGCGCAUAUAGUCUCUCUACCGAGUCGAAACCCGCCCGUACCAUCGAUUGGAGACUUCUAACAACUAAUCGGCGAUUUCGCCACGUGACUGGUCUCACUAUGUUCAUACUGGGCUUAUUUUUGCUCUCAAUCCCACCGCAGGAUACCUACGGGUACGUGGCGUACAGGCCAGCACUUUCAAUGGUGCCGCUAUACAUUGAGGAGAAGGAUGAUUUCAUCAGAGUCAUUGGUGCCGUCAUGACAACCUGGCCGGUGGCCACCUCACCCAUCAUUGCACCACUGUUUUGCAACCCUGUGGCACAGUAUCUGGGCCAAAUAUCAUUCGCCUUGUAUUUGGUCCACGGCGCGAUUAUCAAAUCGCUGUGGUACUGGCUCCAGCCUAGUGUCAACAAUUUUGUUUCUGGGGUUCCUGUGUGGGAGAUGCCAAGUGGACAAUUUGCUCGAAUGUGGAUCAUGGGAUAUAUGAUUGUCCUUCCCGUGGUGCUUUGGUCAGCCGACAUUUUCUGGAGGCUGAUAGACCAACGUUCGGUAUCCCUUGCGAGAUGGAUAGAAGAGCGGCUUACUAGGGGCUGA